AGGGACAAAAGCCGGCUGCCCAAAUAAAAGCAGAGAGUCCAAGGCAGGUUGAAGUCGGAGUCCAGCGGGCACCAUGAGGAGAGCCAGAGAACAAGCGGGCCUCCUUUUGUUCUGCCUGAUGAUCGUAAUCCACCGAGGGGCACAGGAUUCCUCCUGCCCAGAAUUUAAGGCCCUGGGCCUGAAUGGCAACGAGACAAUAGCCAUCGUGCGGGGGAGCCCGGGCUUGCCAGGAGCGCAAGGGCCACGGGGCCCUCCUGGCAUUCCAGGGGCCAAAGGUGAAAGGGGCUUGCAGGGAAUCCCCGGGAAAGUUGGAGCCCCUGGGCCAAAAGGUAAGAGGGGGAAUUCUGCCCUUCCCUGUCUCUUUUGCAUUCCAGGCAAGAAAGGCGACCCAGGAGAAAUGGAUGAGAAGAGGCUGGAGGUGCUCCAGUGCAAGCGAGGUGCCCGAAACUGCAAAGAGCUCUUGAAAAGGGGGAUGGUCCUGAGUGGCUGGUACACCAUCUACCCGCAGGACUGUAAGCCCCUGGAGGUGCUGUGCGACAUGGACACCGACGGAGGCGGGUGGAUUGUAAGUCCGGCGGAGGGCGGCUCUUCCCAGGCCUGGCCAAGGG